CCCCGCAGAAAAUCACGGGCGUCGAGCCUCACACCGCAGCGAUUGCAGAUCUUACAUGUCAGAUAGGAAGGAGUGGGAGAAGGGGGUCUCGUACGAUAAGCAGCUGGUCCAGAAGCACACAGAUCCCGGUGUGAUAGAGGGAUGGAGAGGCGCUCUGCGGAGGAGGAACACGGCUAAUGUGACUCCUUCAAACUUGAGCCUUCCAGUCUGCAGAUGCAACCUGUCCGUCAGCCCGUCCGUCCCGGUAAUCCCUUUUUUAUUGCAGCGUUUCGUCCAAGGGGGGCUACGGACAGAGGGGACUACAAUGACAACCUGGUGAAUGCACACAGGAUGGAGUAAAACAUCCAGCACCGCGCAGGAUGCGCAUCCCCAGACCCACAAAGCAGAAGGUAGACUGUUUUUCUGGUGUCGCAUGUCAGAGGUUUUCCGCUGUGCCGUGGAUUGAUCGUUUCCUUCAUCGCCCUCCUGCUGCCGGUGUCGGUGUAUAAUGGAGAGCUCCAAUGGCUCUGGCAGCGACACCAAACCGCAGAACCACCAGUUGGAGAAGAAGAGGCUGAACCGAGCGCCUUCACCGGCCAGACCCUUCCUCAAGGAUGUGCACUCCCGCUCCUCCAAACCUGCCAUAGUGCCCAAAUCCCCCAAACUUACCAAGCAGCAGCAGACCCCCGCAGUGCCCCUAGCCCAUCCGAACCGCAGCUCCAGACGCAACACAGCCGGGGCCAAAGAGAAGCCAGCCUCCGCAAAAACUAUCCCCAAGUCUGCUGUCGCCAAAAAGAGCCCAAAGGUGCCCCAGCAUGCGGCGGCCGAGCCCAAAGCCACCGGCACCAAACCGGACUGCACCAGCACCAGCAGUCCGGUCUUCGCCAAAGGCAAGAAGGCAAAAGUAGCCUCUGGACCCCCGGGCCCUCUCAGCCAUGGAUCCCCGAUCCGGGUACCGACCGGUGCGCCUCUGGGCCGGGUCAGCCAGACCGACAGCAGCUCGGACCUGUCUGACUGUCCGUCCGAGCCGCUGUCGGACGAGCAGAGACUGGCAGCUGCCGCCAGUAGCGACGCCGAGUCCGGAACCGGCUCCAGUGACCGGGAUCAGCUGGGAGCCGAUAAUCCUCCGCGGGCAGAAGCGACCGGAGCCGCCGCCGCUCCGCCGCGCACAACCGAGGCUUCCUCCGCCAAGGGAAGCAUGUCUCAGGCUCAGUCCGCUCCGGGGGCGCACGGAGAGAAACACCGGCAGGAGAGACCCUCAACAAGCGCACAAGUCAAACUGCCAGGAUCCAAGGAUGCACCGGAGGAGGACCUGCUGCGGGAGAUAGAGGAUCUGCGAUCUGAAAACGACUACCUCAAGGAUGAAGUGGAUGAACUACGAGCUGAGAUGGAGGAGGUCCGAGACAGCUACCUGGAGGAGGAGGUUUACCAGCUGCAGGAGCUGCGCAGGGAACUGGACCGCUCCAACAAGAACUGCCGCAUCCUGCAAUACCGCCUGCGAAAGGCCGAGCAGAAGAGCCUACGAGUGGCUCAGACUGGCCAUGUGGACGGAGAGCUGCUCCGAAGUCUGGAGCAGGACCUGAAGGUGGCCAAAGACGUGUCAGUACGUUUGCACAAUGAGCUGGAGAGUGUGGAGGACAAACGCAGUCGAGCUGAGGAUGAGAACGAGCUGUUGAGACAAAAGAUCAUCGAGGUGGAGAUCUCCAAACAGGCGCUGCACAAUGAGCUGGAGAGGACCAAAGAGACUGCACUGAGGAGACGAGGGAGCAGAGAAGCAUUUAAAGACAAGAAAUCUACAAGUCAGGAGGACAGUGCAGACCUCAGGUGCCAGCUCCAGUUCGCUAAGGAGGAGUCCAGCCUGAUGAGGAAAAAAAUGGCAAAGCUUGGCCGGGAGAAGGAUGAACUUGAACAGGAGCUGCAGAAGUACAAGAGUGUGUAUGGAGAUGUGGACAGCCCUCUUCCCUUAGCCGAGUGUUCAGGUGGGGGUCCUCACACAACCCGAGAGGCCGAGCUGCGGUUGCGCCUAAAGCUGGUAGAGGAGGAGGCGAACAUCCUGGGCAGAAAGAUUGUGGAGUUGGAGGUAGAGAACCGCAGCCUACGGGCGGAAAACGAAGACAUCCGAUGUCAGUACGAAAGAGACUGUUUCGGGCGGGAGCCUUUCUCCAGUAUGCCUUCAUCACCAUACGGCGGCGACGCUCUGGAGUCGGCAAGUGAACUACGGCGCCACCUACAGUUUGUUGAGGAGGAGGCUGAGUUAUUGCGCCGCUCCAUCUCAGAGAUCGAGGACCACAACCGGCAGUUGACCUCUGAACUUAACCGCUUUAAGUUCGGCCCAAGCAGCAGCUCUGGUUCGGUCGGGGAGGAAGGGUUUGAGGGAGGGUUAUUUAAACCUGGUAAUGGAGGGAACGGCAAUGGAUCUAGCAGCGGGAUGAUGAUGGAGGAGCUUAAAUCAGCCCGGAUGCAGAUCAAUGAACUCAGUGGAAAGGUGAUGAAGCUGCAGUAUGAGAACCGUGUUCUCAUAUCUAACGUCCAGCGCUGUGACCUGGCAGCACACCUAGGCCUACGGACCGGCAGCCCUCGUGACAGUGAUGCAGAGAGUGAUGCCGGCCGUCGAGAGGCCGCUGAGGAAGAGGAGGCAGGGCGACUUCUUCUCCUCCAGCCUAAGAGGGAGGGCCCAAUUGGAGGUGAAAGUGAUUCAGAAGACCUAUUUGAGAAAACUGCAACCACCUCAGGGUUUGGAAGCAUCAAACCUUCAGAUGGCAGCGACCUAAGCGCCACUGAACUUGCCAAUCGCAGAAGGGAAGAACGGGAAUCAUUUAAUAAUGUGAAACGUGAGGCAGAGAGGCUGGGUAAGACGGUCGACCGUCUGAUUACUGACACUGACAGUCUGAUCAUCGAGGGCAGGCUGCUGGUGACGACAGGAGAGAGCCUGGAGGGAGGAUCAGCAUCUGGAUCCAAACCAGACACCCAGGUCCUGGACACCAUCAACACUCGCAUGAAGGCUUUCCGCACUGAGCUACACAUCUUCAUGGAGAAGCUGGACCACGUAGGGGAGGGGUUAAGAGAAAGGACAGAUGACCUCUCACCCAUGCCAAACCUUACAGAGUCCAGCAGCUUCCUGUCCACAGUCACCUCAAUGUCCCGUGACUCUCCCAUUGGUACCUUUGGCAGAGACCUGGUGACAGACUUCCAGUCCGGUCAGAGGGAUGAGCUGGAGUGGCGUCUAGGACAGGAGCGAGGCGUGGAGCCCCAGAGCCAGAGCCAGGGUGGGGGCCAGGCCCAGAGCAGGGGAGCCACGGGACUCACUAGGUACCACAGGCCCCUGGCUUUAAGAGCAGAGCUCCGGGACACGCCUGCUUCCGACAUCCAGUUUCGUCUGGAUCACGAACGAAGGCUAAGAGCUGUGACAGAGGAGCGGGAGGCAGCUAUCUCCACGCCUCAGCAGGAGGAUGAGCGUUUGCGUCUGGAGGUGCAGCGUGGAGGUUUGGAACUUCAGGGUCUUCAGUGCCAUGAUGCUCCCUGGACUCAGGAGAGAGCGAUGUUGCAACAAGAGGUCCGCCUCUUCAGACGCAACACCAUCAUCUUCUAUAUGAAGCUCAGGUGGAUCCUUAUGCAUUGGAGGCUCGGCCGCAAGGACGAGGCAGGGGAGGAGACGACGCACCCAGAGUUCGAGAAGUUGGAGGGGAUCCCAGAGCUGGGAGGUGUCAUGGAGCAGGCGGAGGGGGAGUCCGAUCGAGACGACAGACUGUGUUUACCUCAGACUCCUGGUGACGUUGCUGACCCCGGACCCAUCAUCCCUCUGCUGUCACCUGAUCGACACCUUCAGCAUCAGAGACAGUUCAGCGAGAACCGGCGGGUGCUGCAGGCCUUGCGGACGCUGCUGGAGGAGUUUCGAGAAGAACUGCGGGACGAGGAGAUGCGGCGAUGCCAACUGCAGCAGUCCUACGCCGAUGACAAAGCGGCCUGGGAGGUCAAGUGGGCAGAGAUGAAGUGCCAGAUCGCCCAGCUGGAGGACAAGGCCAAGGUGCGAGGUGAAGCACAAGGAGAAGAAGGUGGUGAACCAGCAGUAGAUCCAGACUGGGCCUUCAAGCAGGAGCGCGAGGAACACCAGCGUCUGUUAGCUGAGAGUCACAGCGCCUCCCUGGACCUCCGCUGGAAGCUGCAGCACGGAGAGAAGAGGUGGAGCCGUGAGAGGGCGGAGCUCCUGGAGCGCUUUGACAGGGAGCGGCAGGAGUGGGACGGCAGCAUGAGGGAGCUGCACCGCAAGAUGGAGAGGCUGCAGAGAGAGCUAAACUCCCGACGGGGUGAAGGCAUUGAUGUAAAAGACAGCAGCUCCAGUCACAGAGGUGUGUUUUCCCCCCAAGACAGUCCCUCCAAUGCCCCCAGGUCACCACGCUCUCCCUGUACAUCCACCCCCAUCCUGGUACCCACCACACGCUCCCACUCGGACUCUGACGCCAUACUGGAGGAGCAGGGGGCUGCGAUGAGGCUAAAAGGCCCCACGGAGAACCUGUUCUUAGAUGCACUGUCUCUGGACCCCCUCAGCGGCCUGGAGGUCCCUCUGCCCUCUAGACUGGAGAGUGAGAAGAGGUUCCCCUGUAUGAAGGAGGCCCUGAACGAGCUCUCAGAGAGAGAGGGUGAUCCUGCAUACCCUGAGGAGGAGAUGGGUGGCGGCAGUCUGCUCAGAGCCAAGUCUGUUUGCUCCAUGAGUGACUUCCAGCGUUUAAUGGACAGCUCACCAUUCCUACCUGACAAGACUCGCCAUAGCGACCAAGGCCAAGAUGAAGUGACCCCUCCCCUUUCCCCAGACGACCUCAAGUACAUUGAGGAGUUCAACAGUAAGGGCUGGGACUUCCCACUAUCCACCUCUGGCCCCGGUGCUGCCCGGGAGGCUUGGACAGACAAAGCCCUAGAGGCCCGGGGAGGGGAGCCAAUUCCUGAUCCAUUCCAGCCAGCCUCCUGGUUCCUCACCACCAGCGCCACCCUGACCACCAGCACCCUGAGCAGCCCGGAGCACUGCCACAAGUCCCCACUGAGGGGCAAUGGAGCAGGGGCAGGAGGGGUGGGAGUGGAACAUUAUGGGGUCCACAUGCUCCACAGCCCUACCAGACCUGGGGCAGCUGAGCGCCCUACUGCCCAAGACCCGGACUUCCUGUACGCCAAGGGGACCAAAGCCAGGGGUGGUGGAGAAGCUGGGGUGGGCCCCAGUGGACCAGAUGAGGUGUUCAGCAGUGGGAGGUGGUCUUGUGGUCUUCUGGAGGGUGGGGGGCUGCUGACUUCACCCAGCCAGUCUCCCAUCUGCCCCACAGUGGGUUAUACAUCGUCUCUGGAACUUCAGCUCUCCAGAAAUAUGAGUGACGACAUGAAGGAGGUGGCAAUCUCUGUGAGGAAUGCCAUCCGCUCUCCUCCAGGGCCCGUCGUCCGAGACACUGCCUGUCAAACCAACGGAUUCACCACGAGAGGUACACAGACCACUCAGACUAUAAGUGUGGGUCUGCAGACAGACAUGCUGAGGAACUUGACCAGCAGCCCGCAUCGCUGCCUCACCCCAAAAGGUGGGAGCACACCCAUCUCCUCCCCUUCACGCAGUACGAGGAAAGUUCAGUACUCUCCUGUCGUACAGAGUAAGUUUGAGCGUCCGUGCUGCUCGCCCAAGUACGGCUCACCCAAACUUCAGCGCAAAUUGUCCACCUCCAAUAAGGCUGAGAUGCCAAAUAACACCCGUGCCCCCACACCCACCACUCCCCAGAAGGGCAACAGUGAGUCAGCGUGGGCCCGGUCCACUACAACUCGUGACAGCCCUGUCCACACCACCAUCAACGAUGGCCUCUCCAGCCUCUUCAACAUCAUUGACCACACCCCAGUGGUCUAUGAUUCCAUUCAGAAGUUCAACAAAUCCCCCAGUCGCUCCCGCCCCACACCGCCCUCCACCACAGAGCCCAGCCCUGCUCAUGGGGCUCUUGCCACGGACCACAGGAACUCACAGGAAUGUUUGCGGAUUGCUCGAGGGCGUUCGCCUAGCCCCGUGCAGCUAAUAGUAGAGACACAGGGGGACAAAAACUCAGAGGUGGUGAGCAUACGGCAGGACCUGUCAGCCCCUCCGGGAUACACACUGGCUGAAAAUGCAGCACGCAUUCUCAAUAAGAAGCUGCAGGAACAGGGCUUUAGAGAGGAGAGGAGACUGCAGGCUGGAGGACAGGGCAGCCACAGCGGCAGGCAGGCCGAGUCAGACAGAGGACAGUCUGGAUGUAUGGAGGACCUGCCUCGCUCUCCGGUGGCUCCACCUCUGGACUCCUGCUUCCUGAGACCGGCCCGCCCGGCCAACCGCCGACCCCCCUCGCGCUGGGCCGCCCGCUCACCCUCCUCCUCCCCAAAGUGGAGUGAGGGCUCGAAGAGGAGGUUCACUUUCCCGCCGCCAGGACACCGGAAACCCAUCCUGGAGGGCGAGGAGCUGGCGUGAGGCUGUCCUCUACCUCCACUACCCCCCUCUUCCUGCUCCACUCUCAGCCUGCCUCUCCUUUAAUGGAGCCUAAAAAGAUCCAGUACCUCAGCAACCCCCCCUCUAAAUCUAGAGACUCCAAAGACAUGAAGCCAGGUGGGGGGGUUCAGAUCCACCCAGUAGCACCAGCUGACCAUCGAGGAAAAACCACCAGAACUUCUCUGGAAGAAACUGGAAUGUACUGUAAUAUCAUCAACAAAAAAAUAUUUUAAAAAAUCACAUUAAAAUUGCAUUUCCCUGAA